CAAAAACUUUGUUAGAUAUGAUGAUUGCAAACCAGCAAACCGUACAUUAUUAAUUUUAGAACAAUACAACUUUAUUGUUGUUAGACUAGUUAGACUAGUUCUUUUUUUUAUCACCUGCCCAGUUAGCUAGCUAGCUAGCUGUCCCACCAACACAGCAAUGUUUUAAGACUGUUAGUUGGGUACUAGUAGAUCGUAAACGUUUGCAAACUCUUGUCAUGUUACGAAGCCAGAUUGGAACACUUUCAUCUUUUUAUUUGGUGUGACCCUGUUCGCGUCCAGAAUGACAACGACCCUUCAAAUGUUUCACUUUCCAUUUAAUCUGAAUGCACCCAGAGAAACUCAAACCCCCAAUGGGGAUCAAAAGUUGUGGAGUACUUCAAAGACAAGCUGAAAGAAAAAGAGGCCCAUACCUGGGUUCCCUCAUUGAACGAUGUCCCUCUGCAUUACCUGAAACCUGACAGUCUGGUGAAAUUCCGUUGUUUAAUCCAAGACAUGUUUGAUCCAGAGUUCUACAUGGGGGUGUAUGAGACUGUUGAGCCCUCUAACAAUGCUAAAGUUUUGAAAUGUGGGAAGUAUAAAGAUGUUACAGAGUGUGGGGUGGAUUUGAUUUCCAGAAACACUGUGACUUCCGAGAGACAGACCUUCUAUUGUGUUCCUGUUCCAGGAGAAAGCCAAUGGGCAAAAGAUAGUUAUGCCUGCUCUAGCCAAGCAAGAGUGGUCCCUUCCACCUCUUACGUCCCCAGCAGACAGAAGCGCAGCUACGAAGAGGAUGAUGACAUGGACACACAACCCCAGAAGCAAAGAGAAUUACACAUUGAGCACCAUGGCAACGGGGAUUCCAAAAGGCAGGAGACCGAGGCCCCCUCCAGCCAAACCACAACCCCGUCAGACUGCUCCUCCCAUCUGGAUCUCAACUUCCCGUUGCCAGGGGAGAGGGGCCCAGCCUGUCUAGUGAAGGUCUACGAGGAGUCGGACAGCUUCAAACUGAAUGACACAAUUGAGGUUUAUGGGAUCCUCUCCAUGAGUCCUGUCCUGAGCGGGGUGGCAGAGGAAAAAGACCUGGCCUCAUCGUUGCUGGACCCUGUGGAGAGUAUGGAGACCGUAGAGGAGCAGAGAGCCCACAGCCCACCUGCAUCACUAGUGCCUCGCCUCCACAUGCUCUUUGCCAAACGUCUGCAACACAACAACCCUCUGCUGCCCUCUGCACCUCUGGAAGACAACAGCACAGUUUUCUCAUCGUUCUUAAGCGAGAUUACCUCGGUGAGAGCUGAUCUGCUGGCAUACUUGACUCACAUUCUCCUGGGAGAUGGACUGGCCGCAGAGUACCUCAUACUGCACCUCAUAUCCAGUGUGUAUAGCAGGCGGGAUGUUCUUCCUCUGGGAAAAUUCAGCCUGAAUCUGAGUGGCUGUCCAACCACCUCCCCGUACACAGAUAAAUUGUAUACAAUCAUCCAACAGCUCGUCCCUUGUUCGUAUCGGUUAGGUAUGAGCCUACAGAACAUGAACAGCCUGCGACUGGUGCCCAGGAAAGACUAUGUGGCCAACAGGCUGGUGAGUGGAGCACUGCAGUUGUCAAACAACACCUCCCUCUUCCUUGAUGAGACGCAGCUGGAGCAGGGGCAACUCGACACCUCAGGUGUACGCAACGUCACUGCCCUUGGGAACCUAAUAUCCUGGCAGAAGGUUGAUUAUGACUUCAACUACCACAAGAUGGAAUUCCCCUGCAAUAUUAACGUGCUCAUCUCGUCAGAGGGACGCUCACUGCUACCGUCGGACUGCCAGGUGCAUCUACAACCCCAGGUGACCCCAUCCAACAUGGAGGAGUACUUCAGUACCUUCCUGUUGGCUCAGAUGUCGUCCCAGCUCAACAGGUACCGUGUGUACCUGACUGUGGCUCGAACCCUGGACUACAGCAUCUCUGAUGAGGUCACCAAGGCAGUCGAGGAUGACUUUGUGGACAUGCGUAAAGAUGACCCUCAGAGUAUCUCUGCUGAGGACCUGCACAGGCUGCUUGUUGUGGCAAGGUUGCUAUCUCUCAGUUUGGGACAGACCACCCUUUCAAGAGACUGCUGGAUGAGAGCCAAGCACUUAGAGGUGCUCCGAACAAGUAGGACUGAACAGCAGAAGAGUGUCAAUGGCAACGAGCCUUAAUCUGGAGUAACAUUUUGAUACAAAGAACAAAAUCUUGCAAUAAACUUGUUUUUUUUUUCCAUGUAUAAGAUGGUUAUUGGUCUCUUUGAAAAUAUGUAUUUUGAUGUACCUGUGAGAUGAUUUGAUGAAAAUGAUCUUUGUAGAGGUAGAGCUUUCAACUCCAUAUGCAUAACACCUUGUUUAUAUUUCUUUACAGUAUGCUUUGGCCUUACAUUUGACAAAGUGCUUAGAUAUGGGGUGACCUUGAAACUAUAGGAAAAAUAUGCAGUUUCAUGUAUAAAAAAAGAGAGAAAGAUGCUCUACCUAGCCAGUGAUAACUUGAUAUCUCAAUGCUCCAUAACAGGA